AUGCGCAACUGCGUCGUUUUCGCCUUGCUGGCGAUGGUCAGCAUGGUCGCAGCUGAGCGUUCGCCAACUUACGACUUCAAGAAAACUGCCGAUAUGGACUACCUGCAGAAGCAAAAGAAAGUCUUCGACCUGCUGAUGUAUGUCGAUGGCACUCACACCGAUGCCGAAUACUUCGAAAUUGGACGCAACUACGACAUCAUGACCAACGUCGACUACUACAUGGAUAAAGAUGUAGUCUACGAGUUCGUGAACAUGUACAAGAUAGGCAUGCUCCGCAAGGACGGUCUGUUCACCUACUACAAGCAAGAACACCGCGAGGAGAUGAUGCUGCUGUACCGUCUGUUUUACGUGGCCAAGGACUUUGCAACCUUCUACAAGACCGCUUGCUGGGCUCGCGUCCACAUGAACCACGGCAUGUUCGUCACGGCUUUCACCACGGCCGUCAUCUACCGCGACGACACCAAGUACAUCCGUCUGCCAGCCAUCUACGAGAUCUAUCCCAACAUGUUCUUCGACACCAAGGUGAUCCGCGACGCAAUUCGCAUGAAGAUGACUCGCGGCAGCCACAACAUGGGCAUGGACAUGAUGAUGAUGAAACGCGGCGACGCGAUGACCGUCGACAACGGCGAGACCUAUUACGUCACCUCCAACUUCACGGACGUCUGCAUGAACCCGAUGUACGAGCUCGAGUACAAGAUGAACUACUUCAUGGAAGACGUCGACCUUAAUGCCUUCUACUACUACUUCCGAAUGACAUAUCCGUUCUGGAUGGACACCAAGGAUUACAAGCUGCCACGCUUCCUCCGUGGUGACAUCUACUACUUCUUCCAUAAGCAGAUCAUGUCCAGAUACUACCUCGAGAGGUUGUCCAACGACUUGGGACUGAUCGAAGACUUCACUUUCGAUCGUAUGGACUUGCCAGGAUUCGUGUCCGACAUCAGCUUCACUAACGGCAUGUACAUGCCCAGACGUGACUGGUGGAACGUUGUGCCAUUCUACAAGCUUCGCAUACUCGAUCUAAUCAAGAACUUGGAAGUGAGAGUCAUGGACGCCAUCGACUCCGGUUACGUAUACGAUGAACAAGGUAAACAGGUUAGCAUCUACACACCCGAGGGUCUCAAUCACUUGGGUAACCUGAUCGAGGGUAACUGCGACUCCUACAACAUGAAGUACUACGGCGCCUACGACGCUCUUGCCCGUGACCUUCUCGGGCAAAACAUGGACUGCAAGUGUAAAGACUACUACGUCCCGAGUUCUCUCCAAUUAUUCUCCACCAGCAUGCGGGAUCCAGCUUUCUACAGACUUUAUGACAGAAUCCUUUACUUCUUCCAAAGGUACAAAGCCAUGCUGAACCGCUACACCAAGAACGAGCUUGAAUUCCCAGGCGUGAAGAUCGAGAACGUGGAAGUCGACAAGAUGGUCACCUUCUUCGACAAGAAAGAAUACCUGAUCAACAACGCUGUUGCCGUCGACAGCUUCAAGGAGGGCAAGAGUUUCAACAUAAAGACCUGGCAGUACAGCCUCAACUAUAAACCAUUCACCUACAAGUUUGCUGUCAACUCCGACAAAGACACCAGGGGUGUCAUGCGCAUCUUCUUGGGACCGGCCGUCGAGGGAGAGAAAUACGACUACUACACUUACCUGCUCAACUACUAUCAAUACUUCUUCAUGCUUGACGAAUUCCAAGUCGACCUGAAACCGGGAAUGAACACUAUCGAGCGUCACAGCAUAGACUCUUACUUCUUCAAACACAACUACAUGACCGGUGAUGUGUACUACAAAAAGAUCAUGAAAGCUCUCCAGGGCCAGGAACCAUUCUCAUACAAUGAGCGAAUGUGGGCCUUCCCAGGCCACUUGAUGCUACCCAAAGGUACUGUUGACGGUAUGAGGUUCAAGCUCUUCUGUUACAUUGGCCCCUACGAGGAACCUAAAGUCUAUGAGAUGCCAAUCCUCGGCACAUUCAAAUUCUACGGAAAAUCCCUUGGAUUCCCACUUGACCGACCAGUGAACCCGUACUUCUUGCAAAUGGACAACUUGUACUUCAAGGAUGUCAUCAUCACACACAUAAAGGACUACACGAUGGACUACCGCGUGAACUACAACAGCCAGAUGAAAGAUUACCUUGUAAACUACAGGGACUAUAAUACCAAAUACAUGACCAAGGACUACGAUAUGAAAUACAUUCACAACGAUUACGACACCAAAUACCAGCGUCGGUUUUAA